GAAGAAACACGCCGAAGGCUCGGAAGAUUUGUGUCAAACGAAAGAUCUAGAAUCAAAUGUUUCCGGAGCGGGAGGUUUCCAUGUGGCAGAUUGAAUCCAUUGAAGUUUUUAACUUGGCUAUAAAUACCUCGCAGGUACCAUAGCGUAAACUGGUCUCAGAACACAUUAUCCUAUCAAAGACACCAUUUCUACAGUUUUUACAAAAAUGAUUACUGUUUCUUUCCUCACUGUUCUUGCCCUCGUUGGCUCAGGCCUUGCCGGUCCUCUCCAGGCUGCUGCACCGACGGGGGACUUCAAGAGCACGAUGUUGAAGGGGCACAACUGGUACCGCGGAGAACACAAUGCGAGCCCCGUUACAUGGAACGCCGAUGCCGCAAAGAAUGCACAAGCAUGGGUAAACAAGUGCAACUAUGAACAUCAGUCGGGCAAUAAGUAUGGAGAGAACCUUGCUGCUGGCGGCCUGAGCAGCUGGGAUCAAGUCAUCAACAUGUGGGGUGGUGAACGUACAAAAUACGACUACAACAAGCCUGGAUUCAGCAGCCAAACUGGCCACUUUACUCAAAUGGUCUGGAAAAACACAAAGAGCAUUGGAUGUGCUUGGAAACAGUGCCCGGGAAGCGUCGGCACUUUUGUUGCGUGUGAGUAUUCGCCUGCUGGAAAUAUCAUUGGCGACAACAACCAACAUUUCAAAGACAAUGUCCAGAAGCAAACAAAGGGCAAGGCUUCUGAUAAAUUUUCGUCCUAA